AUAAACAAAAUGUAGCUUUUGGUAGCGCGCUACGAAUGUAAGCAUUGACAGUUAAAUUCUUAAUAAAGUUGAAGUAUGUUUAAGUUUUCCAUGUGUGUUUAAAGGACGAUUCUUCUGAAUCAAAUAGCCAAAAAAAAAAAAUGUAACAAUACGGGAGUACGAUAGAGUUGUGGCCCCUGGCAAGAAAUGAACCAAACUUCGAGAAAUAUUUAAAUAUCGCAGUAGAUUAUAUGACUACAGAUGAUUUUUAUGGUUUCUUUCUAAUGAAUACGACAUAAGCUACAUCUGAAGUAAAAAAGUUGUACGUUGAGAAAAAAAAGUUUUUUUACAUAACAACUUCCUUGAAAAACAGAAAUUAAAGAAAUUAUCUUUUUCGUAAAAAAAAUGGAAUUUGAAGUAAAAUAUAAUUAUUCGUAUCAAUUAAGUAAUAUUCUAUGUACUGAAGAGAAAAUGUAAGAACAAUGAAUCAGUUUGUUAUGAAACAUAUUCAUAGUUUACUUCAGAUCUUUGUUCUCAUAUUUUAGAAUCAAUUUUAAAUUGGUCAUGCACUUACCCUGUCCAUAACAUAAAAACGAGCAUGGUGGCACAAACUUGAUUGCUGAAAAUGAUAGAGUAUAUAUUGAGGUAGAUAUAUAUGUAUAAUAAAAAAUCUGUCCAUAGAAAAAAUGUUGUAGGAGGUGUCCUUAAAGCAGCUAAAGGUCUAUAUUAGUAAUUUCCCUGUCGCAUUACUAUCAAAUGAUACGAAAUGUUAUUGAUUAAUACUUUUACCAUUAACAACUAGCAUGGUUUACAGGAGAUGUCGUCUACAUAUAUUAAACAGCUUUGGAUAUGUCAUAGAAAUACAAGGCGUAAAACAAAUGAUUUAUUCAUGAGCUUAAAGUCACGUGACAAAAUAACAUUAAGCCUCAUACUAAUACUUGAGCUUGAGGCAGAUCGAAUCAGACAAGAACUUUAGACAUUGGAAAUUAUUAUCAUUUUAGGACAUAUCGUGAAAUUUGUGAUGGACUAAAUAAGAAUGAAGUGUACUUUUUUGUUUGUGUGUUUGUUGACUUUCGCUGCAGUCUGGAACUUUAUUUCCUCUGUUGAUAUUAUAUUUAGAAAAUACGAUUUUGAUUCCUACAUAGCAGGAUACAGGUGCAUACCAAAUGAAACCGCCUUUGAAGUUGAAAACAUACCUAAUCUUCCUCAAUGCGGCAGGCUAUGUCACCUGAAUAACAUGUGUCUCAGCUAUUCUUACAAACCGGAUUCUUACAAGUGCAUUGGAUGUCGUGUUAAUCUUGGCAUCAAAGCCAGCAGUUACGAGUCGUAUCCUGGUUCACUAUAUUUUCAGACUAAGACAUUUUCAGAAACCAGCUGCAAAGAAAUUUUAGAGAAUAAUCCCUCUACAACAAGUGGCCUGUAUAAGGUAAAGUUAUCGGAGUCAAAGAAGAUACCAACAGUCUACUGUGACAUGGACACAAACGGCGGAGGUUGGACAGUGCUUCAGAACAGGUUUAACGGUUCAGUAGACUUUUUUCGAAAUUUCUCGGAAUAUGAAAACGGCUUUGGUGCGUUAAAUGGUGAAUUUUGGUUAGGUCUAAAGAUUGUGCAUGAAAUGACAUAUCAAGGUACAACUGAGUUCAGGCUGGAUAUCGCAUUGGCUAACGGCAGGACUUUUACCGAAACCUACCAGAACUUUUAUCUCGACAAAGGCCCACACUAUACCCUUCACCUUGGUGAACCAGGUUCAACACAUACUGUGUUUGGUUAUAGCAAUGGUCAGCAUUUUACGACUUAUGACUUUGACCAAGAUAGAAGACCAACUCAUAACUGUGCAGUCAAUGGCAAUGGUGCUUGGUGGUUUAAUGAAUGCUCCAAAAUACAUCUAAAUGGAAUAUAUGGAAUGUCAGUGAACUACUACGAAAACCACUCAAUUAUACAUGAUAUGCAACAGGUUAAAACUACUAAAAUGAUGUUUCGAUGAUGACGUUGCAACCAGUGCAUUAGCAAAAUUGCUUUUAGAAGGGAGUUUUUACUUCAUCCACUUAAAGCGAUUUUAAGACAAAUGUAGAUAUUUAUGAACUAUUCAUGACGCCACUGAAAAUGCAAGUUUUAGUAUGGUUAAGUUUGGAGGAUGUACUUUUAUUUAUUUUGUCCAUGCAUUUUUUCGUUCUCAUCCUAACAAAACAUAAGCUCUUACACGAGGGUACCGACCCUACCCUUACAUUCAAAUGUUUUAAUGCAUUUAACAUCCAUGUAGGAGUUGCACAACAUUAAAUAUUGCUUAAAUAAGACCACUAUAAAGACAUGGUCAGACAAGAGUGGUAAAGUACUUUUGUAUGUAUAUUUUACCUAUGUUGAAGGGCAUCUGGCAGUUACAAUAAGAAUUCGGCCGAGAAUCUACCAACAAAUACAUUGACCGGUAAUUUCGUAUUUUUUCAUAAGAUAUGCCCAUUAUAAUAAGGUUAUAGCUUCCUGCAAAAUACACGGUAUAAGAUAAGAUUACUUUCUUGUUUGUUUCAUGGAGUAUUGGAAAUAUUUUGUUACAAUGUAAAAAUUAUAAUUAUGGAAAACAGAUUUUUUCUAAUAAAUUGACAUUCGCUUGGCCAAAGUAGUAUUUUUGAACAAAGUUACUGUCUGCACUUUUUUUCUUAUAAUAUACGUUUGUGAGAAUUUUGGGGAAGUGGGUGAUAAUGAGUUUGUCUAAUAGUCCAAAACACAAAACAAAAACCACGCUAAAUUGGAUGGGAUAAAGCUAUAUAGCAUAAGUGAACUAUACUUUCAGAAGUUAGACGUGAUCACAUUGUGUUUAUUUUCAUCUGUAACAGAACUAAUUAUGUUAUUGAUUUCAUUCAACAACUACAAAAUUAGUGUCGGAUUUAGAUUCUUUGCUUUGCAAUUAAAUGUGUCUAGUGUUUAAAAUUAUGACAGAGCUGCUUUCAAGGUUUAUUUAAUAUCAGUGUCAAAUAUAUAUAAAAAAACUGCUCAUAAGAUGAUUCAAAUGUUGUGCAAAGUUAGCAAAAAGUCAUGUACUGAAUUUCUCUUGUUUGCAUCGAAAUCAG